AUGAUGGUCCUAAUGAUGAUUCUACAUGUUUUUCGUGUAUAUCUCACCGGUGGAUUUAAAAAACCUCGCGAAUUAACUUGGGUUACAGGUGUGGUUCUGACAGUAUUGACCGCAUCUUUUGGCACUGGAUCUAUUGUGGAUGUUCCUGCGGGAAAGGCUAUGCUAGGGCGUGUGGUAGAUGCCUUGGGAUUACCUAUUGGAAGAGGGGCUCUAAGCACUCACGAGCAAAGACGUGUCGAAGUGAAAGCCCCUGGAAUUAUUGAACGUAAAUCUGUGCACGAGCCUAUGCAAACAGGGUUAAAAGCGGUAGAUAGCCUGGUUCCUAUAGGUCGUGGUCAAUGA